UCUUGUGGUAUCAGUUGUGUCAGUACACGUCUUGUCACGGGUAGGAGGUAACUGUUAGUGAACGUUCUUUGUUUGCCCGUGGCCUAACCGUCGAAAUUCGUAAUAAAUGUUAAAUUCUCUUGUUAAUAUUCGUGGCAACGAGGUUGAAAGUGAUGGUGUACGUUUCUAUACAAUUUGAAUGACAGGCUACGUCGAUGUGUGUUAUUGUUUAUGUUAUUUUAUGCCAUGCAAAAGAACUUUCAAAAUGAAAGUAAAGUCUUUUCGGUGAUUUGGUAGUGUUUAUUUUCUAAGUACCGCAUAGCUUCCGCGGUAGGCGGCGAGACAUCGAUCGGUGUGCGGAAUAAAAGCGGGCCAGCCGUGUCUGAGAAAAAGUGACGGUGCUUCAUUAAAUUAAUGUGUGUGAUAUGUUAGUUUCAAAGUAACUUACUCUUUCACAAGAAAUUGAAUUGGCAUGUCCAAGGAAACAGUACCUGACAGGUUAUGAUAUUUAAUUGUUCCGAGAUGUUUGCGUGUUUUGAAUUAGAACUACAGUAGCAAUGUUCCGACACUAUGUAGUCUCGUUACUGACAGCGUUGUUAAAUGACUAAUGUCAGGUGUUUGUUCCCCAAUUCAACGUGUUACGUUGUUAAAAUUAGAUUACUAAAUUGUUAACGCCCUUUGUUUAUGGAAAGACAUUUAGAGAUUAAAUACCACUCAGUUCUUAAGCAAAUGACGAAGCCAAGAACAGAGAUAUUACGCGCACGUGUGUCAUCGCAUUCUGCACGUGCCAAUAUUUGCGGGCAUGCUUGACAUUCGGGAACUAUUGUGACAUCACGCAGGAACUGCAAAGACAUUACAAGGAAAUAGAGUACACUACGACACGAGGUUGAGUUUCGCCUUUCCUGCUUAAAAAUUUUGAAGCUCGUGUAACUUUGUUGUAAAGGAAACAAGGUACUGUCUUUUUAGUUGUUGAUAAAACAAUAUACAUCAAGAUGACGGUCACAUAUACCGGCGAAGUUGCGACUUGCAGAGGAUUUGGCUGUUUCCUGAAACUACUAUUUCGAUGGAGAGGCAGUAUCUACAAGCUGGUGUGGCCUGAUCUUGUCAUAUUUCUACUUCUGUACUACACCCUUAGCUUUAUCUACAGGUUUCACCUGGAUCCGGAUCAGAAGAAGGUGUUUGAGGGCUUGGUGCAAUACUGUGAAAGCUACAGUGAUCUCAUUCCAUUAUCCUUCGUUCUUGGCUUCUAUGUUUCAAUCGUGAUGCAAAGGUGGUGGGAUCAAUAUGUCAGUAUCCCAUGGCCUGACACUAUAGCUGUGUUUGUCAGCUCCAAUGUACAUGGGCAGGAUGAACGUGGGCGUGUGAUGCGUCGGACAAUUAUGCGUUACUGUUGCCUGUGCUUAACCAUGAUAUUCACCAUGAACAGUCCAAAAGUUAAAAAACGUUUUCCAACAUUGGACCACUUUGUUGAAGCGGGCCUCCUUACAGAUAAUGAGAAGUCUAUAAUGAAUGACUUAAACACCAAGUUCCCGGGGCAUUCUAAACACUGGCUGCCCAUUGUGUGGGCUGCUAGUAUAGUGACAAGAGCCAGAAAGGAAGGCAGGAUACGAGAUGAUUUUGCAGUCAAGACCAUCAUAGAUGAACUGAACAAGUUUCGUGGACAGUGUGGACUUUUGCUGAGCUAUGAUUCCAUCAGUGUGCCUCUGGUAUAUACACAGGUGGUCACACUGGCUGUGUACUCAUAUUUCAUAACAUGCAUCAUGGGACGGCAGUGGGUAGAGGGCGUAGAUGAAAAUUUGCAGAAAUAUAGAAACGCAGUUGAUCUGUACUUCCCCAUCUUUACAACAUUACAGUUCUUCUUCUACAUGGGGUGGCUCAAAGUGGCAGAGAGUUUAAUCAAUCCAUUUGGAGAAGAUGAUGAUGAUUUUGAAGUGAAUUGGCUGGUAGACAGGAACCUGCAGGUGUCUUAUCUGAUUGUGGAUGAAAUGCAUCAUGAACACCCAGAACUGAUCAAGGACCAGUACUGGGAUGAGGUGUUCCCAGUUCAGUUGCCUUACACAGUUGAAACUGAGCAGUUCCGGGAAGAACAUCCUCAGCCAUCAACUGCCAACAUUGACGUGUCCAAGUCAGCGGCUGAAUAUGUUAUGCCUUCAUCAGUCAAAACUGAUGAUUUGGCUGAUCAUGCUUCUGAUGAUGCACAGAGUGUAAUACAGUUCUCAGCUGGUCCAAAGAGAAGUAUAAGUCGUGUGAGCACACGUGACCGCAUAGCGUCUGCCGAUUCUUCAUCCAGUAUUAACACAGGUAGUCUGGCCAGCUCACUGCAUCGUGUGGGUUCAGUAACAUCAGUUCUUCGGCGGUUAUUCUCCAGAGAAGGGCCCACAGCUAACACAACUGCGACUCAGACGUCUGUUACUGUAGAUGGAGGAGGUCUUCUGCCAAAACUCCCAACGAGUAACAGCUCAGCCAGUCUACAUUCAAAAUUUGUGGGUGGUGGAAGCAUGAGAAUAGCUGAUCAGGUCAUAGAAGAAGUGGAUGAACAAUCUACUGUGCAAUCCGUAAAGCCACCAGAUCAGCGACCAAAUGUCAGAACAAUCUUCCCUGUACCAAUUGGCCCUCCACCUGCCUCUGCACCAGUAGCUGUCCCAAAAGGUUCUUUUCACACAGGACAUUUGAACUUCCCACCUCUCUCUUCAUCAGCACCUGCAUCUGCUGCAAUUCCAGUGCCAACAUCUCCAGCCCAUUCAAAUGUGACUUAUCCAGAAAUACUUUCUCUGAAAAGUGUGCCUGGUUUUAGAAAUGAUGAUGCCUCUGGACUUGGUAGUGCAAGCCAAAUAGGAUCACAGGACAGUCAAAGUAGCACAACAGUAGCACCCCAUGCUGAUGGUGAUAAUGUCAGUAUAGGUAGUUCAAGUACAGACAGUACAUCAGAGGAUGAAUUCACAAGGUUGAAGUCUGAGAGACAAAGAGAAAGGAAAGACAGAUUCAUACAGAGGUUAGUAAGGUCAAUUAGUGCCCAGCAAGCUGCAGUAGGAAUGGAUUAUCAAGACAAUGAGCAAUUACUAAUGGACUUGACAGCAAGCUCACGGGCUGGACUUUUACCUGAAUCACCAAAGUCUAGUAAUUACAAUGAUGCAAAAGUUUGAUAGCCAAAACGGUAUAGCCUAGGCAUGUGAUACUUAAAUAUUCCAGAAGUUACAGUAAGUCCACAACUUAAGUAAAUUCCAUGUUUCUCUGCGAAUGAUAUUAUUUAACAGAUGCACAAUACAGCUCAUAUAUUUCAGACAUGUCAUUUACCAAGUUAAUCUUCUGUUUUGGAAAUUACAUUUAUUUCUUCCUGAAGAUUUAUCUUCUUUUUUUUUUUUCUUGUGGGGUGAGACUGAGUCCAC